AUGACCUCACACACGACAACGUCGCUUCUCCUCCCUGCCUACACAGGCAAUUUUGUCGCUAAUAUUAUUGGUGCCGACGCCACUGCCACGACUUUUGUCCUUGAUUGCGACUUCAAGAAGGAUAAACAAAAUUGCGGCUUGACUAAAGAUACUAUCAUCGUCGGGCCAUGGGCUGAUAAGACUCCUGCGCCUGGUGCGGCAACAACCGGCCUUUAUAAAGAGUAUAUGGCAAUCAAAGACGAAGAUGAAGACUACACGUUUUCUGUCCAGUGUGACAUGAGCAAAACAUACGCUAAGACAUGCACCACUAUCAACAUCGGCGGCAACGACAAUGGAAGCCCUACUGCGACUUUCCCUCGCACUGCUAGUGAUACUUCUUUAUACGAAUACUUCGGCUACGGAAGUUUCACUUGGGUUCCUGUCACUAUCACAUCCGGCCAGGAGUAUCUUUCAACUACUGUUUCUGGGACCACGAAAGCUACAGAGGCAACAACUGCUGAAGGGCAAUCAACAAGGAACAUCGAUGACGACGACUUAGUGACGAUAACGGGCGAAGCUGAACCUUCAAAGACUCACGAAAACGUGGUAACCGUAACUGGUGAGGCCGAACCGUCGAAAACCUCCGAGAACAGUGCACAUACAUUGCACGGACUAGGUCUUCUCGCCUUCUUUGGCCUGGCCACUAUUGCAAUCAUAGUAUAA